UGUCAAUUCACAUCCCGUUUCGCUAAUCGCUUCACGCUUGUUACCUGCAACAGAUUGUUUACGUAAAAUAAUUUAAUUUCUAAUUACCUUUAAAUAAUAACAUUAAUGAUGGAAGUUAUAAAACUGGUCGGUAAAUAUUUAAAUGUACCCGUGGGUCCUUUGUGUUAUAACACUGACAAGAUACCGACUACGGUAUUAGACAAGCAGAGUGUGGAAGGUUUCGCGACAAUUAUAUUACAUUUGACAUCUAAAAGUGGAUACAGUUUAAGUCAAGAAGAGUUACUUUUGAGCUAUCAGUGGCUGGAACACAUUGCUAUGUAUAGUAAUCAAGCUUCUUCUAAUCCUACUUUUGCUAAGAAUUUUCUCCAGGGUAUUAACAGAGCUCUAGAAAAGAAAUCCUAUUUGACUGGAAAUAAUCUAACAACAACCGACAUAGCUGUAUUUUAUGUUGUACAGCCUCUUGUGGGAAACUUAACCAUAUUGGAGCAGGAAUCCUUGCUACACCUAAGUAGAUGGUGUAAACAUGUACAAGCGCAACCAAGAGUAUGUUCUCAUUGUGCCCCAAUCCCAUUAAAUACUUUGAAUCUACAUAUUCUCGCACCUGCAGUACAUUAAGUACAAUGUGUAAUUUUAUUGGUAUUUUAUGGUAAUGUAUUUUAAUUAUACGAUCUCGAAAUGAAAGACUUAA